AUGUCUAACUUCUAUGCCCGAUAUGUGCCGCCUGCGAAAAGCGGCCAGCUCUCCAGUCCUCCAACCCUCGAGAAGCGCAAGCGAGAGUCCGAGCCGACACCGCGCGAGAAGAAAAGCAAGAAAUUAAAGAGUACCUCCAAAUCCGAAUCUAUAGAACCCGCUCCAUCCACAGACCACAACACUGAAGAUACCACGGCCACGACUCGAAGGGCAAAACCAGACUCGAAUAAUGCAAUCGACAAAUAUCGUGUAACCAAAAAUGUCUCGGACAAAACCUUUGUCAAGAUAAAAAAGCCGAAGUCGACAGAAAAUGGGGAUGGGAUCCGUGAUGAUUUUGUAACAGAGUCAUCGAAUCAUGAGGACAAGAAAAGGCGAAAAUUGAGAACUGCGCUGGCCGAAGAGGAAAAUGACGAUGUCGAAGAAGAGAUAGACCGGCGGCACUCCUCUGUUCUGUCGAAGUUUGCAAAAGCCAGACAGCAAGAGAACAAUGACCCUAGGCUUCAUGAUCGAGUUCCAAAAGAGUCAACGGUUGAAUUGCAUGGCCUGGAGCCAAUACCUCAGCCCGAACAGUUUGACAAAAUUCCAGAAAAACCAACAUAUUCUACACUUCCUCCAUGGCAACAAACCCCCACCACGGUGCCGCUGACAUCCACAGCCACUUUCGAGUCACUUGGUGUUCCAAGUGAUAUGCUUGAAAACCUGAAAAGGGUCAAUAUCGAGCAGGCUUUUCCGGUGCAAGCAAGUGUUGUGCCUUUGCUGCUCGAAGGCUCAAGCCGGCACAAUGGUGACCUCUGCGUAUCGGCCGCUACUGGCUCUGGGAAGACUUUGGCAUAUGUACUACCAAUCAUCUCUAGUCUGAGAAACGCUGUCGGCACAAAGCUGAGGGCGGUGAUUGUGGUUCCCACGAGAGAACUCGUGAAACAAGUACGCGAGCUAUGCGAAGUUUGUGUGGUAGGCAGUUCUCUCACAAUAGCCACCGCUGUGGGCAGCAAGACCCUCCGGGAGGAACAGCAACUCCUUGUUGAGGAACAAAAACUCUACGACAUGGAAGAAUUCCAGAGACAGCAGCAAGCAAAAGUUGACUGGUCUACAUUCUCAGUGGAAGGCCUUUUACGAAAGGUGCAGGUUGAAGAGCCUUUUGCCUCACUCGGCUAUGUCACUCGCUACAGAUCCAAAGCGGAUAUCCUCAUCACUACUCCUGGUCGUCUUGUCGAACACCUCAAAAAUACUACUGGCUUUAGCCUUGAUUAUGUGAAGUGGUUAGUGGUGGAUGAAGCUGAUCGGCUGUUGAAUGAAAGCUACCAGGAAUGGAUCGAUGCGGUAUCUCCAGCUUUAACGUCGCAAACAGCAACUCGAGAAAGGGAUGAGCUUCUAAAGUCAAUGCGAAUGAUUCCACCCCCACGCACAGUCACGAAAGUACUGCUUUCCGCAACCAUGACGCGUGAUGUCUCCAAGCUUAAUGCCUUAGGUUUGCGUAACCCAAGGCUGAUUGUACUGACAAGUUCUUCCCAACUGGAGGCUCCACAGUCCGUUGCUGGUGAAGCACCUCCCGAAGAUGGCGGUCUUGUUGCGGCAAACGGAGAAGAUGUUUUCCACUUGCCGCCUUCUCUGAUUGAGACAGCUGUUCCCGUGCCUGAUGGCUCUGAGAAGCCGUUAUAUCUGCUCAGGAUACUGAAAGAUGAAAUUGGCAUUAUGGGAGCCAUGAAGAAUCUCCUGCCUAAUGGCAUCUCUUCCAAAGACGAAUUGACAUCAGAGUCGGACUCCAGCUCCGAUUCGGAGUCCGAUUCAUCCUCAGACUCGGAUUCGGAUUCGGACUCUGGUACUAGCUCAUCUGAAUCCUCGGCCUCUGGUAGUAGUUCGAGCAGUGAUGAGUCUGUUGAGUCAGAGCAGCCUACGCCCAACCGUCAGGCACGGCGAAAGAACGGAAACGGAGUCAACAUUAACGAGACGCCUCGGGCGCUUGUUUUUACAAGAUCGACAGCCUCGGCCAAUAGGUUAUCGAGACUGUUGUCACUUCUGUGGCCAGCACUUGCCCCUCGAAUAUCUACCUUGACUAGAAGCACUGCUUCAUCGGCUUCUUCACGGCGUGCACUGUCUUCCUUUAGGAGAUCAAAAGUAUAUGUUCUGAUCUGCACUGAUCGUGCGUCGCGUGGCUUGGAUGUUCCAGGGCUUGAGCAUGUCAUUUCCUACGAUGUGCCAUCCAGUCCGCUGACUUAUGUUCAUCGAGUCGGCAGGACGGCUCGUGCAGGGAAGCAAGGUCAGGCAUGGACCAUUGUUGAGCAUCGGGAAGGGGCAUGGUUCUGGCGUGAAAUAGGAGGGAAGAGCAUGAAAUCUGCUAGCACCGGUGAUGAUCAUCAACUCCAUCGGAGCAGCAAAAUCAGGCGCCUGGCCCUCAAAGUGGACGAUGACCAGGUCAAGCAACAAUACGAGGUAGCCUUGACGAAGUUAGGAACAGAGGCAAGGGGAGGCUAG